AGCCGAGACAUAUGUGAUAUGCGGUCAGUCUGUCUAUACUUAUUCAUGAUGCAUCUACGCUUUUCUAAAACACCACGCCAUCGUUGGAAAUAAUACUGACAAUCAUUAGCCAUUUGUGAGUAGCUGCGUUUCCUCUAAAACAUUUACCUACAUGCCAUAGCUCCCCGUCCUGCGAUAUUCGAAAAGCGCUCGAUCUUACCCGUCACGAAUAAAUCUAUACACGUAACCAUAAUCAUAUUCUGUGAAACCCGAGCUUACCGAUUGCGAACAGCUUCGUUCAUUCCCAUCCUAUUAGAGAGCUUGGCAAGAGAAAAUGGUGUUCUUCUAUCUGACCGGGAAACGCCCUGCGGUGACAACUCAAAUGGACAAUGUAUCGUCACCGUCCUCGGCAUCGAGAUUAAUACCGCAAGCUUCGCCAUGUAUACCUUCAGUAUCAGCGUCCUUCUCCAGGCGUUGUUAGUCGUUAGCAUCAGCUGCGCGGCUGAUCACGGCAAUUACCGAAAGCGUUUAUUACUGACAUUUGCUUGGGCGGGGAGCCUCUGCGUCAUGUGCUAUAUCUUCAUAUUUAAAGAGAUAUAUAUGCUAGGCGCAUUUCUAGCCAUCAUCUCCAACACAUCAUUCGGCGCGUCAUUCGUUCUCUUGAAUUCAUUCUUACCGCUUCUCGUUCGUCAUCAUCCGAAAGUACAAGAGUCUGUAGCUGGAAUACCAGAAGAUCCGGAGCUAGAAUCAGAUACGGACACGCCAAUUGGAAGUCGGUCUCUAUCAACCUCUCCCACCCUCGCUGAACACCCGUUAAGUAACUCGACAAGUGCUUUACUCCCACGAAACGAUGCCGAUUCCGAUAUCCACGAUCUACGACGGAUACCGACUCACGAGGAGCUAACUUCCAUAGAGCUCCAGCUUUCUACACAGAUAUCCGCACAGGGAAUCGGCAUCGGCUACGGUGCUGCUCUAUUUGUGCAAUGCGCUUCCAUCAUGAUCCUUGUGGGAAUGGGUAGUUCCACUUGGUCUCAACGAGUUGUUCUCUUUUUUAUAGGAGCUUGGUGGGCUAUCUUCACAAUACCAGCAGCCAUAUGGUUGAGGCCUAGACCUGGACCGCCUCUCCCAGAGAGUCGACACCAAGGCUCUCGUGCUUGGUUGUCGUAUAUUGCUUACUCUUGGAAGAAUCUAUAUCGAACUGUCAAGCUAGCGCGCCGCUUAGUUGACAUUUGUCUAUUUUUAGCUAGCUGGUUUCUUCUUUCCGACGCCAUUGCGACAACAUCUUCGACUGCGAUAUUGUUCGCCAAGACGCAACUAGGCAUGAAACCGUGGGCGUUAGGCAUGAUCAACGUUAUAACUACGACUACAGGUGUUUUGGGUGCAUUCAGUUGGUCAUUCAUCUCUCGGCAUUUCAAGUUAAAGCCACAUCAAACCGUGCUUGGUUGCAUCGCUCUUUUCGAAAUCAUCCCCAUUUAUGGUCUCUUGGGUUACUUGCCUUUUAUUCAACGGUGGGGGGUCAUCGGACUUCAAAAACCGUGGGAAAUGUACCCACUAGCUGCCAUUUAUGGCUUUGUUCUCGGCGGACUGAGUUCCUACUGUCGGUCAUUAUUUGGCGAAUUAAUCCCUCCUGGAUCGGAAGCUGCAUUCUAUGCUCUAUACGCCAUCACUGAUAAAGGUUCGAGUAUAUUUGGCCCUGUUAUAGUUGGAGCAAUCAUUGACGCGACUGGCGAGAUCCGUCCGGCAUUCUGGUUUCUGGCAGCAUUAGUUGGCGUUCCGGCACCAAUCAUUUACUUCGUCAAUGUCGAACGUGGCAAGUUCAACAGCGAGAAACUAGCCGAGGUGAUAGAGGGGUUCAAGAGCGCAGAAAAUACCCAAUCAAGUACACCUCACAACGGGUUUGAAAGUCAAGGAAUGCUGCAUAAUUAUGAUAGCGAGGAUGGUGAAAUUGACGGCCACGCGAGGCCAUAAUAUUGUCGAAUUUAUUCUAGACGUGUGGGGUCUAUCUAUCUUAACUUGCAUAGCGAUGGCGUUGACUAUAAUGGACUCCCUUUCACGAUACCUAAAGGAAGGCUUGGAUAGACGAUACUCUUAGGUACUUAGCUCUAGACCGGACCAAUUUAAUUGCAUUUUAAGCAUAC